CUUGCGGCGGCUCGGCUGUGAGAACCGAGCCGACAACCGAAGAGCCGGAGAGGUGCGCUCGCCAACUGAGAAAUCAGUGCGGUUCCGCGGCAGUACCGGUUAACACGAUAUCCGGACCCGACGGUAUUUCUUCUUUUCAACUUCGCCGCAUUUUUAUUUUAUUUUUUUUAAUCGCUCGGCUUCGCCGAUGCGGGAUAACAGCAGGCGACGGGUCGUCCGCACUUCGGUAAAUUCGGUGUGAAGUGACAGUGAGUGAAAGCAACGAACGAGGUCUAAACCAACGUGUUUCUGAAAAUCAUCGUGGUGAAGACAUGCCUGGGACCUUUAUGGAUAUAAUCGACUUCGCAGGUCGCGUUAUUGCUCAGAUUCUGAAAACACCUCGACAGCUUCGCAAUCGUCACUGUGUAUAGUCGCGAUGCGUGCGGGAUACCGAUCGAAUAACGGUUCGGCGAAAUGACUUGACCAACAGCUAUACGCAGACUCUGGAUCAGUUACGUUUCGAUCUUCACGUCAAGUUCCGACAACGAUCGCUCCUACCAGUCACCGAAAGUCGAAGAUCAGCGGCGGGAGGCCGGACGGAUUUUACGGACCAGAAAUAGUUCCAGAGAGUAAACGAGACAGAGAGGCGCUGAUCAUGAUACGCCUGACAUUGAUGCGACUGGGCGGUUGACAAGGCGGGACCGGAACGAUGAGCGGCGCCGAGGGUGUCGUCGUCCAGGGUACCGGAAGCGCUAUUUCCGAGGACGUUGACAUGGCGACCUCGACAUCCGCCUCGGCGAGCCUCAAGCCUCGGAGCGGUAAGAUCAGCUUCAGCGUCGACUCGUUGCUCAGCGGGACCAGGAGAUCGCCCGGGUCCCUGUCGAGGCGAGAAUGCACGGCCGAUGAGCGAACGGACGCGGAGAAAAGCAUCGACGUCGAGAGGGUCGGAGCGAGGUACAGGGAACUGCUGGUGGAGCAGCAGAGGCUACACAACCAGGAACUCCUGGUGCGACUGAGUCCGCACAGAGUCGCGUCCUUCGUCAAUCAUCAGCGUAACGAGCAGCUGACCGGCCCGCAGCAGAGCGAACGUAGGGAAAUACUCACCGUGAGGGACUUCUCAAGGACGAGUCACGAGAAGUCAUCACCAGCCAUCAGGAUCAGUCUGACCGGGGUCAGGGACCGUCUCGAGCAGGAUAAACGGGCCUCUUCGCCCGGGCGAGGGACCGACUUCACCGACGAUAACAACGAGCUCCAGGAGGAGAGGAUCGUUCACAGAUCGGUGUCGCCUGUUCUGCGGAGGGAGUUCGACGAGAGGAGCGACUCCGAGGCCAAUCGGUCCGUCGAGGGCGAUCGCGCCAACGAGCACCUCGACGAGGAGCACGACGUCAGGAGCGUCGGACAAUCGGAGGACCUCAACGUCACCGACUCCGACUCCGAAAUCGAGAAGGACCCCGAUGGCGGCCCCGAGAAGGAGAAGUCCAGUCCGGUUGUGCCUCAGCCGAUUCAUCCCGGCGUUCAAAGGCCGCCAGGGGCGUACCUCGGGGGCCCCGGUGGACCCGGGUGGAAUCCCGGAGGCUUCCCGCACUCCCUUGCAGGAUUCGCGUGGCUUCCCCCACCCCCGCACCCUCACAACCCCCACGGACAUCUCUACCCUCAACAUGGCGGGCCGACCAGUCCGAACGGAGCUUUUUCAGGUGACCUGAGACUCCCGGGCCCCGGAGCAGGCCCAGUUCGGUGCACCUUGAGGAAGCAUAAGCCGAACAGAAAGCCUCGAACGCCGUUCACGACGCAGCAGCUCCUGUCCUUGGAGAAGAAGUUUCGUGAAAAACAGUACCUCAGCAUAGCGGAAAGGGCCGAAUUCUCGUCGUCGCUUCACCUGACAGAAACUCAGGUGAAAAUAUGGUUUCAAAAUCGGCGCGCCAAGGCGAAACGAUUGCAGGAAGCUGAAAUUGAGAAACUGAGAUUAUCGGCCAGGCCUCUACUGCAUCCGAGUUUCGGUUCCGGACUCAUGUUCCCUGGCGUUGGUCCCCCAGGUGGACCAGGCAUGCCACCCUUCAUAGCCGCCGCCAUGGCGAGACAUCCGCACGCCGCGGCUGCUGCAGCGAUGUUCAUGUCGCCCCCCGGGCACAGGCCUUAGAAUUUAAAGUGUGGACUGACGUGAGGGCCGAGAUGACGUGCUUUUUUUUUUAUUUUUUUAUUCUUGUUCUUCUCUUAUUUGAUUCAGGUAAGGUCUGAAGAGAAAAAAGAGAAUUUGAAAUACAAAAAUCAUUAGAAAAAAGAAAAGAACAAAAAAAGAAAUCGGAAAACGGUCACCUGACAUUGAACAAAGUAUAAAAUGAAAUGCCGAGUCAAAAGUGAACAAUUUUUAUACACGUACGUAGCGGUGAUAAAGAAUCGACCGAAAAUAAAAUUAUCGUUAUCGUACGAGAAAAAGAAAUCGAAAAUAAAAACGUGGCUCUUGAUGUCAGAUGAAAUAUAGGUUAUAUUAUACGAACUCGCGACUGUACAUAGUGUAAAUACGUAAGGAUUAUCGCAUAUAAUAAUUAAUAUAUGAUUCUAAACGAGAUGUAAAAUACUUGAAUAUAAUGCAUUGGUAAUGAUGAUAAUGAUAAUAAAUAGUAAGAUUAAUAAUACAAAAAAUGGGUACUGAUGGUACGAGUAAUGAUAAUAAUAAUAAUAAUAACAAUAAUAAUAAUAAUAAUAAUAAUUUAAUACACAGAAAACAGAGGAAAAAGCAACAACAACACGAACAACAAGCAAAGAACAACAACGUCCGUACCGUGGUAUUAUUAUGCGUAAGUGACAAGUUCUUCUGUAUCCUAUAAAUUAUACAGCGUGUAUAAAUGUACCUAAUAUGACACGUAAUUUAUCCAUGGGAUUAUCUAUAUAACAGUGGAAGAAUAAAACGGUUUCAAUAUUCAA